GGCGGUAGUGGCUCUGCAGGCGGCAGCGGCGGCACCAUUUCGGGACUGGGCGGCUGCUCAGUCGCUUAUCUCCCCCCGCCCCUGGAAGGGCCCGGGCAUGUCUCCAGCGGAGAGGUAGUUGCUCCGCCGCUGCCGCCGCGCCCCCGUGCGCCCGCUUUCCUCGGUUCGCUCCCGCAUCAUGCUCGGGCAGAGCCGCCGGGGUCUGCUGCCGCUGCUGCCGUUCUCCGUGGCGCAAACCCAGAAAGGCGCCCGGCUGCUCUGGAGCGCUUGAGCUCUUUUCUUUCUUUGCCGGCUGCUUUGGUUCCAGCGCAGCAACGAUGAGGCGGCACCGGUACUUGCUGGAGCGCAGCACUGCAGACGCCCCGGCCGAGGGCGAAGGCUGCGGGGCCCCCGAGGGCUCGGAGCGGGGGCCCCUGUGCCUGUGCUGCCGCCGCCGCCGCCCGCAGCGCGACUGGCUCUACGAAUCGUACUAUUGCAUGAGCCAACAGCACCCGCUGCUUGUCUUCCUGCUGCUCCUCGUGAUUGGCGCCUGCCUAGCUCUGCUCGCCGUCUUCUUUUUCGCCUCCGGGCUGGAAACGGAGGACCAUGUCGCAUUCCUGAUAACUGUUCCUACCGCUCUCGCAAUUUUCUUUGCCAUAUUUAUCCUUGCCUGCAUAGAACCAUUAUUCAAAAAGUUCCUACGUGUUUUCUCUGUGGUUGUCUGGGUGUGCCUUGUUGCCAUGGGAUAUCUCUUCAUGUGGUUUGGAGGAAUCAUCUGUCCGUGGGACCAGGUAUCAUUUUUCCUAUUCAUCAUUUUUGUCGUCUAUACCAUGCUGCCCUUCAACAUGCAAGAUGCAAUAAUUGCCAGCGUUCUAACCUCUGCAUCACAUACCAUUGUGCUCAGCAUCUGUAUAUCAUCCGCAGACAUCAUGAAGGAACAAUUGGUUUGGCAGAUUCUGGCAAACAUCAUCAUUUUUAUCUGUGGGAAUCUGGCUGGAGCCUAUCACAAACAGUUGAUGGAACUCGCUCUACAGCAGACAUAUCAGGAUACCUGCAAUUGCAUCAAGUCACGCAUCAAACUGGAGUUUGAGAAGAGGCAGCAGGAACGUCUUCUGCUUUCUCUGCUUCCUGCUCACAUAGCCAUGGAAAUGAAAGCUGAGAUCAUUCAGAGGUUACAAGGACCCAAAGCAGGCCAGCUGGAAAGUACAAACAACUUUCACAAUUUGUAUGUCAAAAGGCACACCAAUGUAAGCAUUUUAUAUGCAGAUAUUGUGGGUUUUACUCGCUUGGCUAGUGAUUGCUCCCCUGGAGAACUGGUGCAUAUGCUGAAUGAGCUCUUUGGCAAGUUCGAUCAAAUUGCGAAAGAAAAUGAAUGUAUGAGAAUUAAAAUCUUAGGAGACUGCUACUACUGUGUGUCUGGCCUUCCUAUAUCACUACAAAACCAUGCGAAGAAUUGUGUGAAAAUGGGACUGGAUAUGUGUGAAGCUAUAAAGAAGGUGAGAGAUGCAACUGGAGUUGAUAUUAAUAUGAGAGUAGGAGUACACUCUGGGAAUGUCCUUUGUGGUGUGAUUGGACUGCAAAAAUGGCAAUAUGAUGUGUGGUCACAUGAUGUUACACUGGCCAAUCACAUGGAAGCUGGAGGAGUUCCUGGCCGUGUUCACAUUACUUCAGUCACCUUGGCACAUUUGAAUGGAGCAUACAAAGUGGAAGAAGGGGUUGGUGAUGCAAGGGAUCCAUAUCUCAAGGAACAUAAUGUGAAAACCUUCUUUAUAAUCAAUCCUAAGGAAGAAAAACGAAGCCCACAACAUCAUUUCCGACCCCGAAAUACACUAGAAGGAGCUAAAAUGAGAGCAUCUGUUCGUAUGACUAGAUACUUGGAAUCAUGGGGAGCAGCCAAGCCAUUUGCUCAUUUGCAUCAUCGGGACAGUAUGAUUACUGAAAAUGGCAAGAUCAGCACCAUGGACAUGCCUAUGGGUCAGUAUAAUUUCCAGCGUUGUAGAGAAAGAACAAAAUCUCAGAAGAAAAAAUUUGAAGAAGAAUUAAAUGAAAGGAUGAUUCAAGCAAUUGAUGGAAUAAAUGCUCAAAAGCAGUGGCUUAAAUCAGAAGAUAUUCAAAGAAUAUCAUUGCUUUUCUACAACAAAAUGCUAGAAAAAGAAUAUAGAGCAACAACUCUUCCUGCAUUCAAGUACUAUGUAACCUGUGCCUGUCUUAUAUUCUUCUGCAUUUUUCUUGUACAGAUUCUAGUGCUACCAAAAAAAUCUAUACUUGGAAUCUCCUUUGGAGCUGCCUUUCUGAUGCUGUCCUUCAUUCUUUUUAUCUGUUUUGCGGGACAGCUUUUGCAGUGUAACAAGAAACUCUCAGCCUUCCUGAUGUGGAUUCUGAAAUCAGCUGGAGUCAUUGAAAAUCACCCUUGGCUACGUAUCAUGCUUACACUGAUAACAACAGCUGUAAUAUUAACUAUGGCUGUGUUCAACAUGUUUUUCCUGGAUGAUGUUGGUGUGGUUGAAUUUCUCCCCAUUCUUAAUUCAUCAAAUACAAGUUCUCCUGAUGCAAGAGAUCAGACACUCUGGUAUAUUCAAAGCAACAAUUUUUUCUUACCAUAUUUCAUCUACAGCUGCAUCCUGGGCCUCAUUUCCUGUUCUGUUUUCCUACGGAUAAAUCAUGAACUAAAAAUGGCAAUCAUGCUGGUUGCUCUGGUUGUCUACAAUGUAAUUCUUUUACACACACACGGCUCUGUACUAGACAACUACAGCAAGUUGCUCUAUACAAUGGCACCUCUAAAAAGGCCAGGGAUCCUGAAAGAUCUAAAAACAAUGGGCUCUGUAUCUCUUUUUAUCUUCUUCAUCACAUUGCUGGUACUCAGCAGACAGAAUGAAUAUUACUGUAGGUUAGAUUUCCUGUGGAAGAACAAGUUCAAAAAAGAACGUGAGGAGAUUGAGACGAUGGAGAAUUUGAAUCGGCUUCUUCUGGAAAAUGUGCUGCCUGCUCAUGUGGCUGAACAUUUCCUGGCAAGGAACUUGAAGAAUGAGGAUUUAUACCAUCAGUCAUACGAUUGCGUCUGUGUCAUGUUUGCCUCCAUUCCAGAUUUCAAAGAAUUUUACACAGAAUCUGAUGUUAACAAAGAGGGUUUGGAAUGUCUCAGGCUUCUAAAUGAGAUCAUUGCUGACUUUGACGAUCUGUUGUCCAAGCCCAAAUUUAGUGGUGUUGAAAAGAUCAAGACAAUUGGGAGCACGUAUAUGGCAGCCACAGGGCUAAGUGCAAUGCCCAGCCAAGAACACAGUCCGGAGCCUGACCGACAAUACAUGCAUAUUGGGACUAUGGUGGAGUUUGCAUUUGCCCUUGGAGCAAAACUGGAUGUAAUAAACAAGCAUUCCUUUAAUGAUUUCAAACUUCGAGUAGGUAUCAAUCAUGGGCCUGUAAUUGCUGGAGUCAUUGGAGCUCAGAAACCACAAUAUGACAUCUGGGGCAACACCGUGAAUGUGGCCAGCAGGAUGGAUAGCACUGGCAUCUUAGAUAAAAUACAGGUCACCGAAGAAACAAGUAACAUCUUACAAACGUUGGGCUACAUUUGCACCUGCCGGGGUAUCAUUAACGUCAAAGGAAAAGGAGAGCUUCAGACCUACUUUGUACAUACUGAAAUGACUAAGUCCCUUUCACAAGGGAAUGUGGCAUCAUGAAAUAUAUCAAGGGUAGACAGUCUCAUAUUUUUAGAGAAAAAGCACCCCACACUUUUUUCUCCUCUUUUAGCCCACACCAUGAACAUGUGUGUACUUUUCUGGUGUAUAGAAAUGUUGCUGUAGUGGUGUCUACAGUCUCUCCCCACCAUUUACCAUCAAGAGACCUCAGUAGUUGUCAAGUUCCAGGAAAGGCGAAGGUGUGUGCUGUGCACUGAGAUAAUGACAGCUUGGUUUGUACUCUGGGCUCUUCAGUAGUAAAGAAUUGAGGAAAAAAUCCACAGAGUUGGAAAAAUUAAUGGUCGGGUGGAGGAGAUGGUUAUGAAGAAGAUAAUAAAACAGAGAAAAUUACAGAAAAGCACUUUAUGGCAAUAAAAUUAGAGCUGCAUGAAACAUCAUGAAAAAUAUGGUAGCUCCCUAUAACAUCCUCUAAUCCUGAAUUAUAUACUUUCGAAUAUCUAAUUCUGUCCCUUCAUCUUUACAACUAGGAUGUGUCUCACUAGUUGUGUCUCACAGCCAAUGACAUAAAAUGGAGCUUUUGGCUUGAUAGUUUCCUCAGACGAAUUCAUAGACAAGCAGGACCAGUUUUGUAUAAAAUGUGUUAAAAUGUUUUGAUGCCCUUGUCUUUUGUAAUAUAAAGUCAUUAAAGGUUUCUAUGUACUUUA